UCGAAUACACACAGUUUAGUUUACGAACGAAACGAAUUUUGCUUUACUUUGAAUAGGGCUUUGAUCCGCUUUUCCAAUAUGAACUAUUGAAAAUUUUCUAGCUCUAGCUUCAUUAGUGGUCAUAAAAAUGAUUGCGUGUUUUACGGUAUAUUAGUGCAUCCUUAUUGUUCGGUGCAAGAAAGUGGUGAUUAUCCAUUGCCAUAGCAGAUUUUUCAUGAUUGCCAAAAAACAGUCAACAAAUACUCAAUUCGAAGUGAUUUUCUGUGAUGAUAUCUGUAUCAAACGUUUCAUUAAAAGACUAUUACAAUCGCAUUUUCAAGGAGCAAUAUUAAAGUUUAGUACACGAUAUUUCUGGAGAAGAGGACCUAUUGAUAUCUUCCAAGAGCGAUUCGGAAAAUGGCUGUGAUACUGACGGUGAUGCUGGGUUAUGCUCUAUGCAAGAUAAGUCUGAACAAGAAGUGGUACCAUCUCCUGUUUGGCCACCUGUCGGAAGAAGAAGACGCAAACUUCCUGAAAUUCCGAAAAACAAGAAACCUGCUGCAUUGACAAUGUACAACGCACAACCACAACAACUAUCCACGGAGUUAUCCCAAGCUGAGGAGGCUUGCAGCUCAGGACGUAACUCCAUUCUGGUCCUGAAGUGCGGAUAUAUCUGGAACAGCGACUCCCCAGAUUCCGACAGGGUACUAACAGAUGUCGACAGUGGACACAGCACCGCUCAUUCACCUACUGGAACAGAUGGCCCUAAAUCUAUGUCUCCUAUACCCUCGAUGUCGCCGAUUUUCUUGAGAGGAAUGAUGUUCAGUGAUACGGAGAUGCUGGAAUCGACCCAUCGUGGUCUUCAUAAGUUCGUUCCUAGACACGACGAUGAGAUAGAAAUAGAGAUAGGGGAUCCUAUUUAUGUACAGAAAGAAGCUGAUGACUUGUGGAGUGAAGGUGUCAACUUACGAACAGGACGAAUGGGCAUUUUUCCAUCGGCCUAUGCAGUAGACUGUGAUUAUAGUGACUGGGACUCUUCCAGCGAGCAUGGAAGACGAGAGCGUUUUGUUUUGGGAUAUUUGGGAUCUGUGGAAACUUUGGCCCACAAAGGGACUUCCGUUGUUUGUCAGGCUGUGAGGAGGGUGAUUGGAAAUACCGGGAACGAACCCGAAUCCCACCCUUGCAUAUUGGAAAUAUCCGAUCAAGGACUGAGAAUGGUGGAUCGGAAAAAUCAAAUUAUUAACGAUACAUGCAUGGACUACUUCUACUCUCUCAAAAACGUAUCAUUUUGUGCAUUUCAUCCGAGAGAUCAUCGAUACCUUGGAUUCAUAACGAAACAUCCAACGUUGCAAAGGUUCGCCUGUCACGUGUUCCGUGGUACAGAAUCUACAAGGCCGGUAGCAGAAGCUGUAGGGCGUGCUUUCCAUAGGUUCUAUCAGAAGUUUAUGGAGACUGCAUAUCCAGUGGAGGAUAUUUACAUAGAAUAAGUAUCAACUAAUAAGAAUGAAGAACGCUUAUCGGAGGACUAAAAUCGCUCAGAAAAAACAUUUUUUGGACUCUCGUUCUUAACCAAAAAAGUUCCAGAAUCGGUCGACGACAACUCCUCUGCAAUGAACUCGGCAUACUCAAUUAUUUUAUAGAAACUGUUAGAUUGCUGAAAUACGAAGACCCCCUUUUCUAAGAUGAUCUCACUACUAAGUACUAAGUAAUUCAAUGGAUAUUUCGUGGAUCCUCCAAUCACUCUUGGGAGGAUGUGAGUUAAUUCUAUCUCUUGAACUUGUAAAUAUUUUAAAUGUAAUCGAAAACAAUAAACUUUAAUUUCGAAAUAAAUAUAUAUUGAUUUCUCCAUAUGGUGGUGGAUAUUUUUCUAAUUGUAGUAGAAGAUAGGGAUGAUCAUGACAAUAUCUUUGUACUUGAAAUAGUGGGUUGUAGAUAUCUAC